AUGAAAUUCUCUGGUGGAGAAAUUGAAAAGAAAAAACUAGAAUCAACUUUGAUUGUUUGUCAAUUAUUGAAGUCUUUAUUUGACAAUGAUAGUGUGAUUAUUGGAAAUCCAAAAAUUGAUGAAACAAUUUGUAGAAUAUUGGUCCCAAAUACAUUUGUAAGUGAAAAUGAUGAAUCACAUUUUACUGUUCCUGUUAGUGCAAGUCUUGAUUCAUCUCAAGGUUUAUCACCAUCUACCUCUUUAUUAUUAUAUACAAUAUCUUUUAAAUCCAUUGAUAAAUUACAAAAUCUUCUACUUAAAGGUGAUUGUAUUGCUGCAAUAAGGAUGAAAAUUUAUGAUCUGUUUCAAUCAAAUGGAAGAGAAAGUUUAAAAGUAUUAUAUUCAUUAUUUGCUGGAAAUGGCCCUAAUGCAGCUUGCCAUUCACCAGUUGAUCCAAUAUAUUCACUUAAUGCUUCUUAUGUUGCUAUCCCUGUGACAUCAGCUUUCUCACCUACACCUAUAAAUGAGAUGCAAUUAGAAUGUUUGAUAAAAUGGCAAGGGGCCUUAGCUAUGAUAAUAGCAAAUCGUUCAUCUGGUGAUAGUCAAGCCAUUUCUGCUUUAGGUGAUAUUAUUAAAAGAUUCAUGCGUCUCAUAUUUGCUUUACAACUUACUGAAAUUUAUGAAUUUGGAAUUUCAUUAACUAGCAAUGAAAGUGGUUUACCAUACUUACAGGUCUAUAAACUUAUGUGGUUAGUUGAUUGUGGCUAUUUGAAUGAAGCAAGAAGAUAUUGUGAAUCAAUUGCAAAUAUAGCAAAAGUUUAUACUAAAGGAUCACCAUAUUUUCAUGGUUGCUUCUUACAAAAAUUAAAAGAUUUGAUUCAAUGUUUAUUAGAACAUGGUGGAAGCAAUUCAGAUACCAAUGAAUCCUCAUGGAUUUUUGCCAAAAAAAUGCCUAAAGCUACUUUUGAUUCUUUGUGGGAAUCAUUGGAAGGAAAUGCAAUCAUCCAACCAAUCCCGUCUUAUAGUGUUUCAGCUGAUUCAUAUGGUAGUUAUUAUGGACCACCAGAUGUUAAUUCUAAAAAUAUAUCAACAACAACAAUGCCACCACCACCAUUAAGUGUAGGAAGUAGUAGGAGUGCAUCUAGUGCAAGUAAUUGCCACCCUGUUCGAGUUAGAUAUGUAGAUGUUAUGAAUCAAAUACCACCUUCAAACUAA